GUUUGGAAACAUGGAAAUGGAACCGACGGGGUCAGUUGACAUGCGGUAUGUGAAGGCGACAAGCAGCGGCGCCGAGCUGGAGGUCAAGGAGACGGCUACCGCUGACGUCCAGGAGAGCGACUCGGGCGCGCCGGAGCAGGUCAACGACUACACGAUCGGCGCGCUCCUCGGCGAAGGCGCGUACUCCAAGGUGUACCUGUGCGAGAAGACGGCGGGGGGCGUCACGACGCAAUAUGCCAUGAAGAUCCUCAACAAGUCGUUCCUAAAGCGCAAGCGCGAGUUCAAGAAGGUCGACGGACGCAUGGUUGCGUCCAACGCCUUCCAAAAGGUGCAAAAGGAGAUUGCGAUCAUGAAGAAGCUGCGCCAUCCCAACCUCACGCAUCUGCACGAAGUGAUUGACGCCGAGACCCAAGACAAGAUGUUCCUCGUGCUUGAGCUUGUCACCGGUGGCCAGGUCAUGGACUGGGACCCGACGACCAUGCGCUACAAGUACAUUGGCUCGCAAGGCCAAGCGCCGAUGGCGAUUGUCCAAGCAUGCGUCGUGGACAUGGCUCUGGCGCUCGAAUACUUGCACUUGAACCAAAUUUGCCACCGCGAUAUCAAGCCCGAGAACGUUCUCAUGACGAACGACAAGACGAGCUACAAGCUCAGCGACUUUGGCGUUGCGCACAUGUUUACCGACGACGACAUGGCGACGGAGCUCAAGAACACGGAGGGCACGUAUCACUACCUCGCCCCCGAGUGCACGGUCGGUGCGGCCUUCGACCCGUUCAAGGUCGACGUGUGGGCUCUCGGCGUCACGGCGUAUGCGAUGCUGCACGGAACGCUGCCGUUUGGGGCUACGAAGGAGCACCUUGAGGGCGGCGCCCUCGCCAUUAUGCAGUCGAUUCGUGAAGAUCCCCUUGUGCUGCCCUCCACCGGCAGCGACCCGCUCUGCGACGAAGUCCUCACGCGCCUCUUGGACAAGGACCCGUCGACGCGCAUUUCGCUCUCGGAGCUGCUACAGCAUCCGUGGCUCGCGGCGGCGGUGCACCACGAGCGCGCGUCCAUCGUCGAGGUGUCGCCGGAAGAAAUCAGCCUCGCGUUCACGCCCGUUAACAACUUUAUCCUCAUGACGAAGCUCAAGAUCAAGUUUGGCGCCAAGCUCAUGAAGGCGCGACGCACGUUGCGCGAAGAGAGCUCGCGGAGCAGCUCAAUUGAAUUGCCGUCGCCGAAUGGCAUGGAUGAAGUGCCCGCCAGCAUGGAGCCGUCGGCAAAGCCCAUCGACGCUCUGCCACCGCCGAUCAACCUCUCGUUUGGUCUCUCGCUCGAAGAUCGCUCGGACAGCGUCCGGGCCUCGACGCAGAGUGAGCCCCACGUUCUCCCAGACGAGCCGCUGCGCUCGUCGCUCCAUAGCGCACCGGCGGCUCCUACCCACGGCGCGACGACGCCGCCCAAGCGUAUGCGCAGCUUUGGCGACCGGCUGUUUCAGCGCCAGAGCCCCAACGUCCCGGACGGCAAGAAGCAAAAGGACUGCACGUGCAUGUAAAACACCAGCAGAUGCGUGUAU